AAAUGCCAAUAAUGCCCCUCCUUGCCCUGAUCCCCAACCCUAAAGUCCCCCCUCCGAAGCCCAAACCCGAACCCAAGUCCAGACCGAGCGAUCUCGCAUCCAGUUCUAGGGUUUCGAUUCCCCUCCACAGGAUGUCCGACCCCGCCGCCGCCGGCGCAAUCAUCCCAGCCGCCUCCUCCGGCGGCACCGCGUGGGCGAACGGCAGCCCCCGCUUCGGCGACAUGGUCUGGGGCAAGGUGAAGUCCCACCCGUGGUGGCCGGGCCACAUCUACAGCGUCGACCUCACCGACGACGAGGAGGUACACAACGGCCGCCGCGACGGGCUCGUCCUUGUCGCCUUCUUCGGAGACUCCAGCUACGGCUGGUUCGAUCCGCAGGAGCUGGUCCCCUUCGAGGACCACUUCGCCGAGAAGGCGGCCCAGGGCUGCAGCUCCCGCAGCAGCUUCGCCGCCGCCGUCGCGGAAGCCGUCGACGAGGUCGCCCGCCGCAGCGCGCUCGCGCUGCUCUGCCCGUGCCGGGAAUCCGAUGCGUUCCGUCCCCACCCCAGCGACGGCAGAUUCUUCCUGGUCGACGUCCCAGGAUUCGACACCGACGCAGACUACCACCCCGACCAGAUCCAGGCGGCACGAGAUCGAUUCGUGCCGCGGGGGGCGCUGGACUACCUGCUGGACGCCGCCGUGACGCAGCGCAACGCGGCGGAAGUCGCCGCGCGCACCGUGCCGGGUAUGGAGAUGGCCGGGCUGUUCAUGGCAUACCGCCGCACAGUGUUUGCGCCACGCGACGACACCUACGCCGAGGCGUUCGGGGUGGAUCCGGAGAAGGUGCUUGAAGCCGAGAAGCAAGCGGCAGCUGGCCGAGCUCAACGAGCUCGGCCGCUCCAGGGUGGGCCCAGGAAGACGCCGGAGCAGGCCACGCCGACGCCUGGCCGCCGGAGGGGCGGCGCCGGCGGGGCCGCCGCCAGGCUCAUGGAGAAGAUCGUGCCGGGGGCCUCCGCCAUGAAGGCCAAGGCCAGCAAGAAGGACCAGUACCUGCUCAAGCGCCGGGACGCGCCCGAGCCCGAGCCCGCGCGCCCGCCGCUGCAGCAGCUCCCGGACGCGCCGCCCCCGUACCCGGCCCUGCCCGCGCUCGAGGACGGCCCGCCGGGGUUCCGCUCCGGGGACCCGCCCACGCCGCCGCUGCCCGGGAGCUCCCUCACCGACGAGGAGGAGUUCAUGCUGCAGCGCCGCGCGCCGCUCGUCGAGGUCCCGGUCGCCGGCCAGGCGGCCGAGGGGGGCGCUGCCGCUGCAGCCGCGGCCGGCGACUCCGCGCCCAAGAAGGCCGCCAAGGCCAAGAAGCCCCGCAAGCGCGCGCGGGAGGACGCUGCUGACGCGGACGCCGGCGGCGCGGCUGGCGAGCCCAAGAAGAAGAAAAAGAAGAAGCUUACCGACCUGGACGGCGCGGCCGCCGGCAGCGGUAAAGCCGCCGCUUUCCCGGCCCCCAACGUGGCAGACCCGAACGGGCUUGACCUGAUGCAGGUACUAUCGGACAUUCGGAACCUCCCGCUCGCUCCCUUCAAUGGCGCCGACCGUCGCAUCUCUGACGCCGCUCGCUCCUUCGUCCUCGCGUUCCGCUCCAAAUACUACAAGAAGAGCUACGAGAACGACCCGCCCGAGGAGUUCAAGAAGAGCCUGGACAUGCCCAGCGCCGCAGGCGACGGCCAGCCGGUGAAGAAGAAGAAGCCGGUCGUGAGACCCGGCCCCGGCAAUGACCCCACCAAAGCCGGCGUGAAGCGCGGGCCGUCGGACCGCCAGGAGGAGCUGGCCGUGAAGAAGAAAGCCAAGCUCGACAAGAUUAAGACACUAUCCAGCGAGAAGAAGGCCGGCGGCCUGGAGCAGAGAGACAGCUCCGCCGCCUCGCCAGCUGCGCAGCCGCAGGCACGCCCUGGCGCCAAGGAGAAGCCCGAGAUGGCCGCCGCGAAGAAGAAGGAGCCGGCGCCGGCGCCGAGGAUCAGGACCCCGUCACCGACGGCGCUGAUGAUGAAGUUCCCGAUCAAGAGCACCCUGCCGUCGGUGGCGUCGCUCAAGGCGCGGUUCGCGCGGUUCGGGCCGCUGGACGUGGACGGCAUCCGCGUGUACUGGAAGUCCCACAUGUGCCGUGUCAUCUACAGGUUCCGGUCAGACGCCGAGGCCGCGCUCAGGUACGCCCGGGCCAACGCCAUGUUCGGGCAGGUGGACACUCAGUACCACCUCCGCGAGGUCGAGGCGGCGGGCCGCGAGCCGCCGGCGCCGGCGCCGGAGGCGCCCCCGCAGCGUUCCGACCUGCGGCUCAUGGAGACCGCCCCGUUCAGGCCCGGCAGCUCCGGGAACGGCGCCCCCCUGCCCAUGUCCAGGGCCGUGCCAGCGCGCCCGGCCGGGGGACAGCAGCCCAAGUCCAUCCUGAAGAAGAGCACCGAUGUCGGCGCGGCCGGCGCCGCCAGGGAGGCCCCUCGGGUCAAGUUCAUGCUGGACGGUGGGGACGGCAAGCUCGAGCCGCCUGCCCCGCCGGCAACCGGCGUGGGCAGUGGUUCGCCGGGCGGCAAGGUCCCCAAGUCGGUCGGUUUCGCCGUGCAGCCACCGGCGCGCACCCUGCAGCCGCCCAUGCGCCCCGCGCAGCUGCCCCUGCUGCCGCCUCCGCGCACCGCCGCCGCCCAUCAGCUCCCGCCGCCGCUGCCGCAGCAGCAGCACCUGCCAUACCAGCCUCGCCACACCGAGGCGCCGCUAGCCUUCUCCAACAGCCAGGCGCCGCUGCCGCCGUACCCGCCCCGCCAUGGCGAGGGCCUGUCCGCGCUCCCCGGGCCGCCGCCGCUACCGUACCUGCCUUGCUCCGCCGGCUUCCCCGGCCAGCAGCUGCAGCUGCAGCAUCAGCAGCCGCCCCGCCCCGGCAGUAACGCCGCCGACGAGGCUGCGCCGGCGUGGAAGAGGAGCAAGGACGAGUUCAAGGACGAGGUGUGGAGGCUCAUGACGGGGAUCGCCAGGAUGGUGGAGCCGCUCACCGACAAGAACGGCUUCUUCCCCUACCACCUCUUCCUGGCGCAGUGAGCGUGAGCGGUGGCGUCUUCCUCCUCCUGAGAGGUCGCAGAAAAGGAGAGGUCGAUCGCGGCGUGAUGGAGCUAGCUGCCGCCGCGUUGUAUCCGUCGGGCCCCCGUGCCAGUAGUGGUAGCAGGAGCAGUGGUAAUGCUAGUAGCAACCGUGACUUUGCGUCUUUGCCGGAGAGAUGCUAGCGAAGAAGACGGCAGGUACCUUCUGCCCUGUGGUAUGAUAUGAGUAUGAGAUGACUGGUUUUGUACUCUGGUUUGUUUGUGCGAGAGCGUGAAUGCACUCCGCUGUCAAGAAUCUGAGUGUUUGUUAUACUCUUCUAUCCUCGUCUCCGUAUUUGUAGUGCUUGUUGCGUUUUAGGAUGAAUCCAUCUUCGUUUUCAAAUUUCUAGUAGUAGAGAUUUCCUGGUCGCGGUGUAGUUAGUAGACAGCAUUAUUGAAAUGUGACCGGACAUUAUCCUAUACAUAAUAAAUCGGCUAUUCCAUUCAUAUACA